AUGAGGCCAUGUGAUAAGAGGUCACUCGGCAACCCAGAUCCACCAACCCCUCCUCUUUCGAAGAUCUGCACUCUGCAGAUUGAAAACGUACCAAGUGGUAUCCGUCUAAUUGGUCUGGAUGGUACCCCGUCUACUGUGUCCUCCGUUGGUGCCUGUCGAGAUCGUGUUACAUCGACAAUGGUGAACCCUCCCCCUGCUCCUCAAAACUCGGUUUUCUAA